AUGCGCAUCAUGAUGAUGGGAGAGGAGACACAGCUGCGCCGAGGCGUCUCUUCGCAAGAGCGACGGCUAGUAUCUUCAGCCUCAGCCUCGCCGCCGCCGCUGCGCGCGCUUUACUCUCAGUUGUCGGCAGCUCUAGGCCAGUGUUGUGGUCACGUGGGCGUUUGAGUUGCGGCGCCCGCGGCUCUACUCCGGCGGGCUCUUUAUCGCUCGGCCCGCCCGCCUUGCGGCACCCACCCUUUGCCAGCCCGCCCCGCCCGCCCCCACCCACGCGCCAGGGCCGGCCUCAGUUGCUGCCGUGCGAUGCCGCUGGUGCGCUACCGGAAGGUCGUGAUCCUGGGAUACCGCUCUGUGGGUAAAACUUCUCUUGCUCACCAGUUCAUUGAUGGAGAAUUUAUGGAGUGUUAUGACCCCACGGUGGAAAGCACUUACAACAAAAUGUUGAUGAUGGGGAAAGAUGAAUUCCACUUGCAGCUAGUGGACACCGCAGGGCAGGACGAAUACACUAUCUUGCCUCACUCUUUUAUCAUUGGCAUCCAUGGCUAUGUGCUGGUGUAUUCCGUCACGUCUCUCAAGAGUUUUCAGGUGGUAAAGUCUCUACACAGCAAGUUAUAUGAAAGCAGAGGGAAGACAAGGAUGCCCGUAGUGCUUGUUGGCAAUAAAGCUGAUCUGUCGCUAGAAAGCCGUCAGGUCAAGACCGACGAGGGCAGGAAACUUGCUGAUUCCUGGGGGGCCGUUUUCUUGGAAUCUUCAGCGAAAGAAAACCAGAUGACUCAAGGUAUCUUCACAAAGGUCAUUGAGGAAAUCGAUCGUGUGGACAACUCAUACGGUGAACAACGCAGUUGCAUCCUGAUGUGAUGCCCACCUGAAGCCACACUGCUGGUGGGAGGGUGUGUGUCAGGAGAUUCAGGCCAACUCAGGACAGGUAUAGCAGCUACCUAGAGCCCUGAACAGCGGGUCUGAAGUGGCUUACGGGUAACCCACACACAGGCACAAUUAUACCUCAUUGCUCGUCCCCUAUAUGAGGCGGCCAUGUUUUGCACAUUAGUUUGCUGGAAGCAAUCUUUCUCUGUGUGUAUGUGUGUGUGUGUGUAUAUAUAUAUUGCCAAAUGUUUACAGAACUGGCAGGGAAGGAGUACAACAAUAUCUAUUUAUGCUUUUUUUUAUGGAGGGACUCGUCUGUAUAUUUAUAACAAAGUAUAAUCCAUAUACACACAAGUUUACACAGAUAGUUGUUCACUUCUUGGUGUAAUGGAGAGGCAGCUGAAUGUAAUGUUUUCCCCUAUGGAACCCAUUGAGGGCCAGUUCUUUGGUCAAUAGUUUUCCUUUGGUGGCAGCUGAACCGUGGAUUUGGACAUAGAAUUAUUUUUCAGAUGUGCCUCUUGCA